AUGAACACAGAAUUGGAUUUACAAAACAAAAUUGGAAAUGUAAAUAUAAAUUUAGAAGGGCUAGAAAGAAUAAAGAAGAGUAAUUUAUUAUAUAUUUUUGAUGAUAUAAAGAAGAGUAAUAAUGUAGAAGAUUUAUUAUUAAGAGUUAAAAGUUGUAAUGAGAAAAUAAAGAAUUUAAAUAUAUUUGAUGAAGAUCCUAUAGUGAAAUUAAAGAAUGUUAAUAAUAAUGAUGAUAUAUUAGUUGAUUUUAGAUUUAAGGAAAGAAAGAAUAAUUAUAUGAUAGGUACGAAUAUAAACAAUAGAGGAGAAAUUACAGCUGAUUUUGAAAUCAAUAUUCCAUAUAUUUUUAAAACUAUAAAUAGUAUAGAAUUCAAAGCUAAUGUUAGUAGUUUUUAUACUAAUAAUUUAUCGUUUAGAUUUAUAUGUCCAUAUUUAUAUAAAUUAAAAAAUUUCAAAUUAAUUAUUGAAACAAAUUUAAGUAGUAUAAAUAAUAUAAAAUGUAGUUCCUAUAUUAUAAAAACAAACUCUUUAAAAACAUAUUUAUUACAAAAUAACCAUUCAUUUAUAUGGGAAAUCGAUUUUAAUAGAAUAUUACAUAGAAUAAAUCCAAAUUUUAUACCUUCAGAUAAUAUUUUAAAAUUAUGUGAUAAAUAUAUAAAAAAUACUAUCAAAUAUAAUUAUAAAAUAGAUAAAUUAAAUUAUUUAAAUACAAAUGAACAGGAUCCAAAUAUUAUUUAUUAUACACCUUAUCCUGUUUCAGGAUAUUAUUAUGAAAUAGAAAAUGAAAUGUCUUUACCUUUUUGUGAAGCUAACUUUUUUAAAAAUCAUUUUAAUGUUUUCUGUGUAAAAAAAAUUUUCAACAAUUUAUUUACAUAUAUUAAUAUUAGUAAUGGAAUCAAAUAUGAUUAUAAUCAACACAAACCAUACACACUAAAUAAUUUUAAUUUUACUGGUAGUAUAGGUAGCUCAUUAGUUUUAAGAGGUUUUGAAUAUAAUAGUAUUGGUCAACCUGAACAUUGUUAUAAGUUUCAUAAAAACAAAAACGAUUAUAAAAUAACAUAUAAUUAUCUUGGUGCUAACUUUUUUACAAAUAUUCAACUCAUAUUUAAAUAUAUACUUAACAUUCAAAAUAUGAACCCUAUGGUAUUCUUUUAUAUACACCUAGGAAGACUCAGUAAUCAUUUUUAUUCAUCUAUUAAUCAAUUAAUUAAAGAUACAAGAAUAUCAACAGGUAUUGGUAUUAUGGCAUAUAUUCAAAAAAACAUUUCUCUAGAACUAUUUUUUAAUUAUCCUAUCUUAUAUCAUAUAACGGAUAAAACCAAAUUUUUUCAAGUCGGCUUGAAUUUUAAGGGAAUCUUAUGA